AUGGGACAGAAUAAACGUGAACCAAAAGAUUUGUGGCAGGAACCCUUGGUUCCUGCUUCUGCUUGGAGACCUUGUGCUGAUCAGCGAAAUUGGGAACCUAAUGAAGGAAAUAAUGGAUAUAUUUUGGCUACCGCAAAUGGCGGGAUCAAUCAACAACGAGUAGCUGUUUGUAAUGUUGUUGUUGUGGCCCGGUUACUCAAUUCAACUUUGGUUAUCCCCAAAUUUAUGUACAGUAGUGUAUGGAGAGAUGUGAGUCAAUUCAGCGAUAUCUAUCAGGAGGAGCAUUUUAUCAAUUACUUGACUCCUGAUAUUCGGAUAAUCUGGGAACUUCCCAAGAAACUACAGUCUUUGGACUUGGAGGCGAUAGGCAGUGUUGUAUCAGAUGUUGACAUGGGGAAGGAGGCCAAGCCAAGUUUUUAUGUGAAACACAUCCUACCUAUUAUACUUAAAAAUCAAGUUAUUCACUUUGUUGGAUUUGGGAAUCGCUUGGCAUUUGAUCCGAUACCGUUUGAGCUGCAGAGACUUCGUUGCAGAUGUAACUUUCAGGCCUUGCAAUUCGUUCCCAGAAUACAAGAAACUGGUGCUUUGCUUCUUAAAAGGUUACAGGAAGAUACAGCUCAUAUUGGACCAUUGGAUCAUUAUCUUGUUGGUUCAUUUGCAGAAUCAGUGAAGGGGAAAAGUGGAACUAAUUCCAAGAAAGUAUCUAAAUACCUAGCUUUACAUCUCAGAUUUGAAAUUGACAUGGUAGCUCAUUCUUUAUGUGAAUUUGGGGGAGGUGAGGAAGAGAGGAAAGAAUUGGAAGCAUAUCGUGAAAUCCAUUUUCCUGCAUAGGCACUACUGAAGAAGACUACAAAAUUACCUUCUCCUUCAGAGCUCAGGUCUGAAGGCCUAUGUCCUUUGACACCUGAAGAAGCCAUCCUCAUGCUUGCUGCACUUGGUUUUAACCGCAAGACACACAUAUAUGUAGCUGGUUCUAAUCUGUAUGGAGGUCGCUCACGGUUGGUUGCUUUGACCAGCUUGUACCCUAAAUUAGUCACCAAAGAGAACUUACUUUCUCCAGAUGAACUCAAACCGUUUGCUAAUUAUUCAUCUCAGUUAGCCGCAUUGGAUUUCAUAGGCUGCACUGCCUCGGAUGCAUUUGCCAUGACCGAUUCAGGAAGUCAGCUAUCAUCUUUGGUAUCCGGGUAUCAAAUAUAUUACGGUGGAGGAAGAAUGCCAACAAUACGUCCAAACAAACGCAGGCUUGCUGAUAUAUUUAUGAAGAACUCUUCCAUAGAGUGGCGUAUUUUUGAACAGAGAGUGAGGAAAGCAGUGAGACAAACUAAACAUGUGCAGACAAGGCCGAAGGCCAGAAGUAUUUACAGGUACCCUAGGUGUAAAGAAUGUAUGUGCAGGGCAGAUUGAUUGAUUUAUAUAGUUUGACUGUAAUUGCCCAUUGUAAUUUUGUAACAUUAUUGUUCAAUGUUCAUU